GAGCAUAAGAAUCACACUGUUAUCUUCAAAUUAGAAGAAAACGAAAUGAAAGAAAUGAUAUAGGAAAAAUGGGAUAAUAUUCCAGUGCAAUGUAAAUGUUGAUGAUUGUCGAGGUAAGGUAUCCAUUAGCUACGCUUAAGAAGUAAGGAACCCUUUUUGUGCUGUCGUUCCACUUAGAUUCACUCACUCAUUCACGUAUUCCCCUUUCCACUUUAUCAUACCUUUUGCUCAAAACAUAAAAGACAAAUCUCAUUUGCCUCUGUCCCUUAGAAACCUUCAUAGAUUGUUAAAAGAUGGCUCGAAAUUUCCUGAUGCUUGUCUGCAUCUUCAUUAUUCUUGCUUCAGGUAAAUUUCUCUCUUGCGCCGAGCAGUCAGAUUAGAAGAAAAGCACAAUUUUCUUGAUACUUAAUAGUUUUAUACUUGGCAGGUGCUAAAUUGUAUGUAAAUGCUGUAAAUUUGACCUUGGUGAAUCUGUGCAAAGAGACAAUAUGGCCUGGAAUCAUAACUCACAACAACAACCCGGGCGAAGGUUUCACGUUAAAAAUGGGGCAGACAGCCUUAUACAAUGUCCCGGAUGGCUGGAGUGGCCGCAUAUGGGCACGGACAGGCUGCAGUUUUGACAAAAAUGGUGGUAAUGCGAGCUCCAAAUGCCAAACUGGCGACUGUGGCCCUUCAGUAAACUGUACAAGUCCCGGUAACUUGCCUGUUACCAUUGCUGAACUCACUCUUGGAGUUGGCGGAUUAAUUGAUUAUUAUGAUGUCAGCCUUGUGGACGGAUUCAACGUUCCGAUUGUGGUGAAGCCUGCAAAUGGGAAAGGGAACUGCAGCACUGCCGGCUGUGAUGGUGACUUGAGGGAUACUUGCCCGUCAGAACUUGCUGUGAAGUCCAACGGGACGGUCACAGCUUGUAGGAGCUCCUGUGAUGUGUUCAACACAGAUGAGUAUUGCUGUCGUGGGACAUAUUUAGACCCUGUGACAUGUUUGCCCACAAAUUAUUCCAGCGCUUUCAAACAAGCAUGCCCUGGGGCAUCCAGCUAUGCUGGUGAUAUCCUUACAGUAACAUGCUCUUCAACAGAAUACAUUGUGGCCUUCUGUGCAUUAAGGUAAGCAAUAUGUAUCUUCAUGCAUGAAAAUUGAGUCUCAUCCCAAAGUUUUUUCUGAACAAGAACAAGAACACGUAGAUAAACCAUACGAGGAUAUUCAUCAUACCUUAUGAUGCUUACUGGAUAUUUGGUUGAUGAAUCCAGGAACCAGACAAUUUGCUCCUUUCACGAUCAAACACUUGUCUGUAGCAAUCCUUAUGCAUCUGCGGGCUUCAAAACAAUCCCAGGAAGCUGGUGGAGCCUGGUGCUAUCAUUACUUUUCACUUCUCUUCUGCAAAUUUUCAUUUUGCAACCUCUCUAGAGUAUCACUUCAAAAAGAUGAAGAUGCUUAUUUUGUUUUUCAUUUUUCUUCCCCUAUUUUUUCUUUGAAAC